AUGGCCUCCGUGGGCUCCAUGGGCGGGCCCUACAGCACCAUGGGCUCCAUAGGACCCAUGGGUGCUAGAGGAGCAGGGCCAAUGGGCUCUCUUGGAACUAUGGACUUGAGAGGGCCUGGACACAUGCCCGGACCUAUGAACUCAGCGGGUCCUGGCACGAUGGAUUUGAGGGGGCCUGGCCCGAUGCCAGGACCCAUGAACUCCAUGGGUCCUGGCACGAUGGACUUGAGAGGGCCAGGACCCAUAAAUUCGAUGGGUCCGGGGACUAUGGACCUGAGAGGGCCUGGGCUCAUGCCUGGACCUAUGGAUUCGAUCGGGCCCGGGACCAUGGACUUGAGGGGGCCCAGUCCCAUGGCUUCUCGAGCACCAAACUCGCCUUUCAGCUCCGUGCGCGGGCCUCCCAUGACAAUGGUUCCUGCGCCUCUCCCGCCUCCAGCAACCGCCACGGCGCGGCAACCGAUGAGCCCUGAGCAGUAUGCUGUGGUGCAGAAGGAGCUCCAUGAAUGUUUGGAUGCUGCGCUGAUGAAGCGAAAGGAGCUCGUUCAGAGUCUCGAUCAGGUGACGAACUCCCAAUCGCCGGCCGUGGGAACACAGGUGACUGUCUCCAGGUACGACCAGCCCAUGUCGAAAGCAGCGGCACACAACCUGGACCAAGUCGACUGGCGAGUUCCGCGGUUGAUGUAUUGCCUCGAUCCCAAGUACAACACUGCGCUGGAUCCGGCAAUAGCCUUCGAAGUGCAGCAGAAAAAAUCAGAGGACGGCCAAAUGCUUCAGAAGCAGCUUUCCAGCGAGGUGACGGCACAGUGGGCAGAGAAGAUGCGAGAAAUCGGGCUUUCCUUGCCGGUGCAGGAGCGUGUUGUGCGGGGAGGCGUACCCUUCGUGGAAGCCAGCCCGUCCUACCAUGCCUCGGAGGACGUCUGGGGACGCACUUUGGAGCUUCGCACCAUCGACGAAGCCUUGCACGGCGACGUGUCGAAGCCCCUUCCACGGCCGGUACUUUUCCCAGAAGAGUACCAGAACUUCAAGCAGGGAAUCUUGACUGUACUUCUCGGGCAUGUGGGGGAGGAUGAGCAACACGAAAGGCUUGGGAGCACAGGUUUUGCAAGUCUGGUCGUGUCCUGA